AAGAUGGUUUUUAUGGUUUCUUCUUGUCACAUUAAUAAGCUUUGCAUUAUCUCUCUUUUAUUGCUUGUUUUAGCAAAAUCAAAUGCAGCAUAUAAUGUAGUGAGUUUCGGGGCAAGGCCCGAUGGACGAACGGACUCAACCCAAGCCUUCCGAAAAGCAUGGGCUUCAGCUUGUUUAUCGGUGAAGCCCGCUAUACUUGAUGUACCCUGGGGAAGAUUUGUGGUCCAGCCCAUCUUCUUCAGUGGCCCAUGUAGAGCUUCGGUCACAUUAAGGAUGAAGGGUACAAUUAUUGGCCCAUCUGAUUACCGUGUGUUGGCCCGUUCAAGUGUGUGGCUUAUGUUCUACAAUGUUAAUGGGCUUGUUAUUCAUGGUGGUAUUCUUGAUGCUAGGGGUCAUUCCUUUUGGUCAUGCCGACGUCGUUUUGGGUAUUGUUACAAUGGAGCACAGUCCAUAUCCUUUACGUCAUGCAACAAUGUAGUGGUGCGAGGGCUAACAUCAUUGAAUAGCCAAAAGAGCCACAUGAGCAUAAAGAACAGCAACAAUGUGGCCCUUCAGUAUUUGAGACUAAGAGCUCCAAGCGGUAGCCCUAACACUGAUGGUAUGAACAUUCAACAUUCUAAUCGUGUUAGCGUCUACAAUUCCGCUAUAAUGACCGGAGAUGAUUGCAUUGCAAUUGGACCUGGUACCCAAAAUAUGGUCGUCAAUAAAAUUGCUUGUGGCCCCGGACAUGGUAUCAGUAUUGGUAGCAUGGGAAACAGCCUACGUGAAAAUGGAGUACAAAACAUUGUAGUGUCAAAUGUAGUGUUUACGAAGACAACUUUUGGUGCAAGAAUAAAGUCAUGGGCUAGACCUAGCAACAGCUUCGUCCGUGGCAUUACAUUUCGCAAUCUCAUCAUGCGCAGUGUCUAUUAUCCCAUCCUCAUUGAUCAAAAAUACUGCCCUAAUAACCAAUGUCCUCACCAGAAUUCAGGGGUGAAGAUAAGUAAUGUGAAUUAUAUAAAUGUAAAAGGUACGUCAAGGUUCAAAGAAGCAAUGACAUUUACAUGUAGUCCGACUAAUCCAUGCACAGGGAUCAAAUUGAAAAAUAUCAAUCUAAGUUUUGGAGGUAAACCAGCGACAUCGUCUUGCAGCUAUGUUCGUGGCACUAGUCGAGGCCGAGUUGUCCCUCGAAGUUGCUUUUAGAAAUUAGAAGCUCAUUUCUUAUGAGUCAUCAAUUGAUAUAAUUAAACCUGAAUUAAUGCCUUAUAGCUUAAGAAGGCUUUAUAAAUUAAAUGUUCUUUCUUUAGAGAGGCUCUUGAUUAAUCUUGUAUAUGCACUUCAAUCAAUGAUGGCUUAUUUCUUGUUGAAGUAACUCGGGGCCUGAGAUUGUUGUGUGUCACAUCUUGAUCAUAUUGUAUUAUUUAUGCAUUUACUGUAUGAUGAAAAUGUAAU